ACAGAAACCUCGUUGUCGGACGCGCGCACAGUUUUUUAGUGAAAAUUUCUGAAAAGUUUUUCAUCAAAAAAGUAACAUUCCUUCUCUUAAAUUGUGCACCGAAAUCGGUACAAUGUCCGAUCAACAGCAACCGCCGAUCAAAGUGUCCAUCUCGCUGCACCAGGACACGUUGUACGAGCUGGAAACGGCCAUCGAACAUGCCGCGAAAUCGAACUACAACUCGAUCACAAUCCCGCUGGCGCACCGGCGCUUCGAUCGGGAAUUUGUCGUGGAACCGCUCAAGACCAGUCACCAGCGUUUCACCCGGUCGGACUUGCUGCUGAGCUCGACCCAGUGGCUGAAUCGGGUGAUUUGUCGGUUGAGCUGCAACGUGGAUUGCGAUUCGGAGGAUGACGACGUUCGGAAGCAGGCCGAGGCAACGAUUCGGCAGGAGAUUUCCUACGCGGAACAUGUGGUGCAGAGCGGAUACAUUCUGUUGCGGCUGAAGAGCGGUGAUUGUACGAAUUUGGCCCGGGUGAGUACGGUCGGGCUGAAGGGAGUCUUGCUGGUCGAGGUUCCGAUGGUGAAUCCGAAGGCGUCGCAGGCAGUUUGGCGCAGCGAUGCGGAUUACGAUUGUUUGGGAGAUGAUCCGUGGAAUUGGUGGAACAACUUCCGGUCCUAUGCGGACUUCGAUACUCAUGUGAAAGUGGCGCUGGAGUUUACGGCGGACAUUCCGGACAAGCGGGAAAUCUACCGCUGGCUCGGGGAACCGGUCGAUGCGGUCGUUCUUUCCUCGAGUGUUUUUCUGACUAACGCCAACAAUUACCCGGUUCUGUCCAAGGCUCAUCAGGAGUUGUUGGUGCUGUUUCACCGGACGUUCAGCUGCCAUUUUAUUGUCAAGGCCAAUCCGGAUGACAAACGGUUGGUUCACUAUGCCGACUACAUCAAGUACAUUCUUCGCUCGAACUAUAAGAAGGACCCCAUGCAGGGGUACGACGAUCUGCUGGAGAUCCCGCUGCAGCCGCUGUACGACAAUCUGGACAGUUUCACCUACGAGGUAUUCGAAAAGGACCCGGUCAAGUACAUUCUGUACCAAAAUGCCAUCGAGCAGGCACUGAGAGAUCGCGUUCCGGCAGCGGAAAUGCAAACUCGAACCUCCAUUAUAAUGGUCGUAGGAGGAGGGCGCGGUCCUUUGGUUCGGGCCGCGUUGAAUGCCGCCGCCAAGAGUAAGCGCCUGGCGAAGAUCUACGUCAUCGAGAAAAAUCCGAAUGCCAUCGUCACGCUCAGUGCGCUGAUCAACGAGCUGUGGCGCGAUAAAAACGUCGAACUCAUUUCGACCGACAUGCGAGAGUUCGAACCGCCGGAAAAGGCGGACAUUCUGAUUUCGGAACUGCUGGGUUCAUUUGGCGAUAAUGAACUUUCACCGGAGUGUCUGGACGGGGCGCAGAAGCAUUUGAAGCCGGAUGGAGUGAGCAUUCCAUGCAAAUCUACCUCCUACCUGAACCCAUGUAUGACGACAAAGAUCUACAACCAGAUUCGAUCGCUGGAAAAGAGCCCACACGGCAAGGACCGCAUCGUCACGUCCCGCUACAUGGAGGGCACCUAUGUGGCGUACUUGAAGAACGCCUACCACAUCGACAACCCACAGCCUGUGUUCGAAUUCGUCCAUCCGAACCGCGAUCCGGUGAUUGACAAUUCGCGCUUCAAGACGCUUCGCUUCAAGUCCGAGCUGGACUGCGUGAUGCACGGUUUCUGCGGCUAUUUCGAUUCCGUGCUGUACAAGGACAUCACCAUCAGCAUCCACCCGUUCACGCACACCAAGGGACUGGGAUCGUGGUUUUCGAUGUUCUUCCCGCUGACGGAACCGGUGCAGAUUCGGGCCGGCGAAGAGAUUGUGGUCAACUUUUGGCGCUGCGUCGCUUCGCACAAGGUCUGGUACGAGUGGAACAUUACCGCGCCACGGCAGAGUCACAUCCACAACGUCCAGGGACGGGCACAGCCGAUCUGGAAAUAGGCCGGCGAUGAUAACUAAUUAAAGAUGUAGGUAUUUAUUUGACAGAGAAAAUGACUAAUUUACACGAAUUGGACAAAAUACAAAGAGACCCGACGUUGGGCUAGAUGCCACUAAGUUAUG